GGCGUACAAUUGCUACGAGCUCGUAUGAUGGCUCACGUGAUUAGAAUACAUAUAAUGGAUAGUGCCGAUAGCCGGCAUCCUGAUGAUAAAUUCUGCGACUACAGUUGUAAUUAUGUUUGUGAAGUACAGAAUUAUUUCAAUUGUGAGAUCAAGAGACAUGCAGCUAAUGAGGCGCAUCUAAAAUGCUUGUAGUGGUGUGCGCCAAUAGAUUGUGUGGAUCCCGAGACGAGAAUAAGCAGCACUAACCAAAUACGGCAAAAAAUGUGCUUGUAGUGAAUUUUUCUUAAAAAUUUAUUAACAUUUUCUGAAUGCCCACAAAACACGUUGAAAGUGAAGAGCAAUAAGGAAAAAUAAUAAUAAAUAAUUGCAUUAACGGCUUGAACAAUCAGAUUUAAACCACAUCAGUGAUUAGUGCUGCACAGCGCUAAUUCCUUAAUACCCAUAUAAAUAAGCUGCGACAUUCUACGCUAGUUGAUAGUCGAGAAGCUGCUGUGAUCUUGAAAAGUACUACUGCCAGCCGGUUGAUACACUUAAGCAAUAAUCAAUAACUAAAUAAAAACAAAGUAAAUAUGAAGCUGUUGUUGUUUACAGUGUUGUGUAUACUUUUGGCGAAUGUUGCGGAAAUUUGUUCCGGUUUCUCAUGGCCCCUCGCGAAGGCCAUUAAGGGUUAUCAGCAAGGGGUUAGCGGCUAUUAUGGCGCUGAUUAUGGUUACUACGGCGGCGCUUACAGUGCGCAUGGCUACGAUCAGUAUGGACGGGAUAGGCGUGGCAACAAUCGUCGCACCGGACGCACCUUUAGCGAUAUAGCGCGCGUAGUCAAUCCGCAACCAUAUGCAUUUGUGGGCGCGAGGCCGUAUCCAGGACAACCGUUCAACCCGAUCGGAUGAGCGUGCAGUAUAAUAGAUAGAAAAACGAAAUAGAUUGUGUCUUGUGAUAUAGAAAUUCUGUAUUAAGAAAAAAAACCUGCAUUCUGUUUGAUAAUAAAUAUAUUUAUUUAUAUAUAUUCUAUAA